AUGGAAAUUGAUGAGAAAAAUGAACCGGCUAUUCACACGGUGCAGGCUCGCUUUUUGUCGGACGCGGGUGAGGAAGCAGGCCCACCACUUGCCCUGCCAGUGAAUGUGACCAAGGAGCAGCUGGAACUGAUCUGCAACGCUUUGCUCAAAAAUGAAGAACCGACGCCGUACCUGUUUUUCGUCAACGAUCAAGAGAUCCAGCAAUCCAUUGAUCAAUCGGUUGACCGACAGCGGCUCAACGCGGAGGAUGUGCUGGAUAUCAUCUACCAACCGCAGGCCGUGUUCCGGGUGCGAGCAGUUUCCCGUUGUACCAGCACGAUGCCGGGCCACGCGGAAGCCGUAGUAUCGCUCGCUUUUAGCCCGAACAGCAUCCACCUUGCGAGCGGAUCCGGCGAUAAGACACUACGGCUAUGGGAUCUGAACACCGAAACACCCCACUACACCUGCACUGGCCACCGGCAGUGGGUGAUGUGUGUGGCCUGGGCACCGGAUUCGCUGAAGGUCGCAUCAGCGUGUAAAGCCGGCGAGAUUCGUAUCUGGUGUCCGGACACGGGCAAGCAGCUUGGUCGGCCACUCGUGGGCCACAAGAAGUGGAUUAGCUGCCUGUCUUGGGAGCCGUACCAUCGGAAUGCGGAUUGUCGCUUCCUGGCAAGCGCGGGAAACGAUAAUGAUGCGCGGAUUUGGGACGUGGUGCUUGGCACCUGCGUACGUGUGAUCGCGGGUCACACGGCGUCUGUUACGGCUGUACGUUGGGGUGGUUCUGGACUGCUCUACACAUCCUCCCGUGACAGGACGAUCAAGAUGUGGCGUGCUGAGGAUGGUGUGCUGUGUAAGACGUUCACCGGACACGCUCAUUGGGUCAAUAACCUCGCCCUCAACACGGAUUACGUGCUUCGUACGGGCCCAUUCCAUCCGGUGAUGGACAAAAAUCUGAUGCAUUCCGGCAGCGACAAGGACACGUUGAAACGGAUGGCCCUCGAGCGGUACGAAAAGGUUUGCCCGGACGGGAUGGAGUCGUUUGUAUCUUGCUCGGAUGAUUUCACGCUGUAUUUGUGGCGUGCGAAUCAGAAGCAGUUUGUCACUCGAAUGACUGGCCACCAGAACGUGGUGAACGACGUGAAGUAUUCCCCAGAUGUAUCGCUUGUGGCAUCCGCUUCAUUCGACAAAUCGAUCCGGCUUUGGCGUGCCAGCGAUGGUGCUUUUAUUUGCGCUUUGCGUGGCCACGUGCAGGCGGUGUAUACGGUGGCCUGGUCAGCGGACUCGCGAUUGGUACUGAGUGGCAGCAAGGAUUCCACGUUAAAGGUUUGGAGCGUAAAGGAACGCAAACUCGCUCAAGAGCUGCCUGGCCAUGCGGACGAGGUGUAUGGCGUCGAUUGGGCCCCAGACGGGUCACGUGUUGCCUCAGGUGGCAAGGACAAGGUGUUGAAAUUAUGGGCAUACUAAGCCAAGAAGGAGUGAGUAAGAUUCCUCUCUCGGGUGAACGCGUUACGCCAACUCGAAAUUAAAAGAUUUAUUUCCACAC